AUGGGCUACGAACCUGGUAAUUCUAAGAAGGGUGCUACUCUUUUCAAGACCCGCUGCCUCCAGUGCCACACUGUUGAGGCUGGUGGCCCCCACAAGGUUGGCCCUAACCUCCACGGUGUUUUCGGCAGACACUCUGGUCAGGCUGCUGGUUACAGCUACACUGAUGCCAACAAGAAGAAGGGUGUCUUGUGGGACGAGGAAACCAUGUCUGAGUACCUCGAGAACCCCAAGAAGUACAUUCCUGGCACCAAGAUGGCCUUUGGCGGUCUUAAGAAGGCUAAGGAUAGAAAUGACCUUGUUACUUACCUUAAGGAGGCUACUUCUUAA